GUCUAGCAAUACUUAAUGUCCUUCUAUGACAACUUAUGUCAACAUAAUUCCCUACGCUUUUGAUCAACUUUCAUACAUACCUAGGUAGAAUCACAAACAUCCAAAACAUACUAUGUCGAAUAACUCUCGUGCUGUGGGGCGGCCGGCCCUCCAAGACGCCAGUAAUCGGGUGAAUCAGACGCCCAUUCUCCCGCCGCCGAACCCGUACCUCACGAAGGCGGCCGCCAGCCAACCUCCUGCUCCCGCUCCGGCCCCGGCCACCGCAGCCUCUACCACAGCCCCCAAACCCACCAACAGCAAGAAGCGCAAGUCCGCCACGUCGCUAGACGACGACAUCGCCGCAUACAAGCGGAGCCUGGACAUCGACACCGACGGCAUGGCCAUGGACAAGACCUGCAAGCAGGUCCGCGCCCUCAUCAACAAGCUCCUGGACAACGGCAUAAUGAAGAAGACCGAGUUCUGCGCCGCCGUCGGGUGCAGGCCCGUCAACCUGAACACGUUCUUGUCCAAGAGCGGGUCCAUGGACGGGCAGUUCAGCAACGUCUACGACGGCGCCUGGGCCUGGUUCAAGCAGCGCGAGCUCGCCGGCCUUAAGAUGCCCGAUGUGAAAAGGCGGCGGACGGCGGAAGCCAAUGCUGCCGCUAGGGCCGCCGCAAGCACUUCCGGUGCCGCGUCUGGACCGGGAUCUCGCGGAGCUAGCAGGGCGAUGGCACCGUCUACCCCCGUGGUUGAUAUCAGCAACGUGCACCUCCCUGGCGAAGAGACGGACGAGGUGCCCGUGUACGACACGUGCGACGAGAUCCGGAAGAAGAUAACGAAGCACCUGCAGACGCCGGGCGUGACCGCGGCGCAGUUCUGCCGCGACAUCUACGCGCAGCUCUCGCACCCCAGCAUCAAGCCCUUCCAGUCGAAGCAGCUCAACGACUUCCGCAACAAGAAGGGGCCGAACGCCGGGUGCAUGAGCAAGGUCUUCUACGCCGCCUACGUCUACUUCGAGAAGAAGCGGAUCGCCGAGGGCAAGCCGAAGAGCCAGCACCGGCUCAAUAUGGAGCGGAUCUGGGCUGACAAAGGGGGCUUUGAUCUGGAGCACGAUGACCGAUGCGGUGUUUGGGUUGGCCCCGGCGAAACUUUUACGGUGGAUCAAUAUGGACAACUGCAUUUCCACCAGAGGUAAGAUGUUUUCCAUCAUCCACAUUGCGGUUUUGGGUAAUGGAUAGGUUGUGAGCUAUUGUGGCUUUGGGAACUGGAAUGGUUUGUCAAUAUGUCGGAGCCCAGGAACUUGUAUAACAAAACGACGGCAACAUUGAUAUUAGAAGUCAGCUGCUCAAAAAUAUAUCAGUUUUGUAUAAUUCACGGCCUCUUGCUAGGCGCGAGCGUGAUUGCCAUUUCCAGCGAGUUGAAUGAAAAUGGAAGAUCCUUAUUGGC